GCGCCAACGGCAAGAUGUACUUCUUCAAGGGCUCGCAGUACUGGCGGUUUGACAGCGAGCUGGAGACCACAGGCCGGCCGGGCGUCAGCGACAAGUACCCGCAGCCGAUCAGCAUCUGGCAGGGCAUUCCCAACAACAUCGACAGCGUGCUCAUCUACGAGAACAAGCGCACCUACUUCUUCAAGGGAGACUCGUACUAUCGGUUCAACGACGCCGCCUUCUCGGUGGACGCCUCCUACCCCCGCUCCACAGCCGAGUACUGGUUCGGAUGUACGGGCCAGAUCUCCAAUCUGGUGACACCGUCCAGCGACAACCGUCAGACUACAGCGGAAAUGACGAAGGUCCCUGGAAAUCGUCUACGAUUUUCUCCUCGUAAUUUUCCAUUCAGUGCGAGUGAUGGGGUUCGGCGACUUUCUGCCGAGGAUCGGCGGCUCCGGCGCCGGAGGUCUUCUGCCCAGCCUGCUGCUGCUGCUGCUGAGCUCAGCCGUGCUGGCUGCUGCGCGCUGCUGAGACGGCUGAUCAGCGGUCUGUUGCUGGUUAGGAAGUGCAGUCUCCCGGGAGCAUAUCAAAGACUCUGAGAAAGACGUGUGUCGGAGACGAAGUCACGGUCAGUGUGUCUGCCGCAGUGUCACGUAGUCUCAGUUUCGGAGUCAGUGUCGCGGCGGCAGUAUUCCAGACUUAUUGUCGAGGGCAGUCCCCCGGUGCCUGGCGACACAGUAGUUACAGUGACGGAUAUCGGCCAGUAAGUUGACACCUCGUCUGAGCGGUGUCAGUGUGUGUUGUCUACGCCUGCCGUGCGGCCUCCGUACAAGGACGGGUGGGAUGCGGACCGGCCGCCCCGACCGUCGGACAGCGGAGCUGACCGAUGUAAUGUUUACAAUCCCACCGCCCUGUCCAGCGUCCCAGCGGAACAGAGACACUCCUACUAGCGGGGGGGGGGGGGGGGCUGACUCAGCUGACCGACUCAGCUGGACUGACUCAGCUGGACUGAGUCGUCGGAAGCUGAGUCAAGAAGUACAGCACGGCGCUCGAAUCCUAGGAACGUGACUCGUCAGUGGAUAUGUUAUUGAACCGGGAACCGAGCUGGCUCACGGAGCACUGCCCGCACAAUGAAUGGAAGAGUCGGCUCACGGGGCGGACUGGAGCGCACGUGAUGUCGUGAGGUCACGGGGAGGGAGGGGUAAACGGGAUCCGGGCAUUAGGAGUCGGCCGAACCGGCGCCUUCUGUGAUAGAAUAUGUGUCCGGCGCGUCGGCCGAUUAGUCGAGCUGUGAGCUCGCGGUGAACGCAGAACGGCUCACAUGUUCACGAUAGAAACCAUACUGUGUAGUGUGUGUGCUCUUGUGUGUAUGUAUGUGUUGUUGUGUAUGUGUGUCGAUAGUUAUCACGAGCCAGUAAACACAUAGUUGAACAGAGACAAGCUCCGACUAAACGGCGCUGGCGACGGAGCUAUUGGUGCUAUUCUACAGCCCUAUUUAGUCAAUAUCACUGCUGGAUUAUAUGAAAUGUUUGAGAUAUGUGUUUAUGUGUCAUUAGUGUAUGUUAAUUAUCGAAACUGAAUCUCCUAUAGGAGUUCCGGCCAUUAUCACAACAAAUGUCAGCGAUUAUCCAUGCAUAUUCAUGAUAAAUACAUGCUAACACCAUACACAUUACACAAAA